CAGAAGACAUACUUGUCUUUUAACCUGUCUAAAGUAUGUUUUGUUAAUAAUUGUUCUUUAACAAAACAUACUUUAGUCAGAAAAAUCUAUAAUUUGUCAACAUCUCUCUGUUAUUUCAAUGGUUAAUUAUGUUUAGAUGGCAAACUUCAUUGGACCAUAGAAGAAAAUGGUGGCAAUCAAUUUAAAGUAGAGACCUCUAAUCCAUGUGCCCCAGGGAGUUAUCCUUGUGAUGGAAUGAAGGAAGAGGGCUAUGAAACUUGCUGGGCCACAUCAUAUGGCUGGUGUGUAAAGCACCAGCUCAUUGAUCUGUUAAAGGAAGGGUGUACUGGGGCUGUCUUGGACCAAAUUAAACCCGACAUCUACAUUUCUGAAUGGACAACAGCCAGAAGAGACUGUGGCAGUACGUACAAACUUCAUGUUCAGUUACUGGGAGAAGACAAGCAGAAAGUGCUGGAUCAGUUCUCCAAGCAGAGACAUGUUGAACAAUGGGAAGGAGGGCAUUGGGAAAAGGUGAUGCUGAGUUAG